GUCGUCACACUGAUGAGGCGAGCUUGAUAACGAUGGGUUAUCUCUUGUCGGUUUAGUAAAAUUAUAUCAUCAGCUUGCCGGUAUAAAAGUGUCUUCAUUUUUAUUCAGACAUUUCCAGUUAAGGUGCUCCUUAAUAGCAUUGUUCUUACUUCUCUGCUUUAGUACUGAUUUGUUUUACUUGGCGAGUUAUAUCAAGCUAGUUUAAUUUGUCAUUAGGAACUAGCUAGCUCAAAGCUGACUAGCCCAGGUAACCAGCUUGUUAGCUCGCAAUUUAACGUGCUGACUGGUCAUCGUUUGCAUUUAACAAGCUCGGGGCAAAACAGCAUGAUGAAGCACACAUACAGCUGGUGCCAGACGCCCCCGUCCGUCACAGUGCGAAUCAAACCCACAACCCGCACCCUGCAGCUCCGGAGAACCCUCUGGCUGAAGAGGCCUAACCAGCAGGAGGGCCGGGCCCCACCGGGGAAGACCCACAAUAUCAGGGGCCAAGAGGAGGCUCUCCGUGACAGAACAACCUGGGGCCCAAAGCUUGUCAUUCAGCGACAAGAAAUGGCUGCUUUCUUCAAGCUCUUUGAUGAUGAUUUGAUACAGGAUUUCCUGUGGAUGGACUGCUGUUGUAAGAUCACAGACAAGUACCUGCUGGCCAUGAGCUUCGUGUACUUCAAGCGAGCCCGCUUCAGCAUCGCAGAGCACACCCGAAUGAACUUCUUCAUCGCUUUGUAUCUGGCGAACACCAUGGAGGAGGACGAGGAGGAGACCAAGUACGAGAUCUUCCCCUGGGCGCUGGGUAAGAGCUGGAGGAAGCACUUCCCAGGGUUCCUGAAGGAGCGCGACAGGCUGUGGGGACGCAUCGAGUACCGCGCGGCCGUGAGCCGCCGCUGUUGUGAGGAGGUGAUGGCCAUCGUCCCCUCUCACUUCCUGUGGCAGCGGGAGCGGGCGGAGCACCACAGCGGGGCGCAGCGGCAGUACGGGGACCGGGACGAGGUGCGCCUGCCCCGCGGGCCCUCCGCCACCCCCACCCACUGCCUGCUGUGCGCCAAGCAGAGCUCCCGCCUGGACCCCGGCCUCUCCUCCUCUUCCUCCUCCUCCUCCAGCUCCUCCCACUGCGUGCUGUGCGCUAAGCAGAGCUCCUGCCUGGACCCUGGCCUCCUCAGCUCCUCCUCCUCCUCCUCCGGCAGCUCCUCCCCGAUGCCCUUCCCUGGCUCCCUGUCUCUGGAGACCACCCCACCUAGGGGCCCGGCUCCCAGGAAGCUGUCCCGACGGACCAGGGCCCAGCCGUCCGGCGACAACACAGGAGCGGCCACCAGGAGGCACUGUUCCCCUGCAGGUAAUGAGGAUCCCUCCAUGGACUGGAUCAAUGAGGAGUAGGAUCUGGCCCAAACAUUGUCCUUCAGUCCCCCUUUAUCCAAUCACCCAGUCCUGUGUCAUCCCAGUCAAACCACUGACUGCCAUGCACUCUUUUAUAAGUGCAGAAAAAAGUGAGAGAAAAUAUUGAGCAUUGAACCAUCUCAGCAAAAUGUCCCCUUUACAGUACACUAAGUUAUCCGUUUGGGUUUGGACUUGAAUGUACAGCAGAUUUACUGUGUGAAUGAAAGAGAUGUGUGUGUAACAGCAAAAACAAGUCUUUUAUGUCUGGGGGGGAAGUGUACAUUUAUUUUUAGGCACACAAGUUUGAAAGAUGUGUGUUAAAAUGACUAUUUGUUGCCUGAAGUGCACAUGCAGUUUUGGGCUGCAUUGCACUUUGAACGCUGUUUGCAUCAAGCAAUUUUUACUUAUGUUGUGUUCUUGUACCCCUGAGCCAGUUCAGAUGAGCAGUGUCAAUCGGAGAACUAUCUCACGAACGGUAACUGGAAGAACUAUGAGAUUUGUUUGUGAAGCGAAACUGUUGUGUGUUAAAACCUAGUGCUAAGACGAUGGCUGGCGAGGAGGGGGGGGGGGCUGUUUUGUCUUUCACGGUAUGAUAUGUAAUAUGUGAGGAAAAAGUGUUAAAUUAAUAAUUAAUAAAAGACUGGUAGCUCUUAA